AUGCAAUUGUUCGCCUCUAAACUCAGUGCCCUGGCCGCAGUGCUGUCGAUGGCUGUCCUGGCCGUCGUUGCGUCGCCAGUACAGGCUGAUCUCACUCUCCGGCAGUUUGAUCAUCAUCAAACUCGGGACACGUCCGCCGAAUGGAACAUUCUCGACAGACGUGCCAAGAGGGCCACGGCCUGUGACUGCAAAGUCAUGGUAAAAGGAAAAUUGACCGGUAACACCUACAUUGCACAGGUGGUCCAACAAACAUUAGACCGGGCGAUGGAUCUUACAAAGAAGAAACAGACCCUUGGGUAUGUGCUAUCAGUAACCCAGCAGACCAAAAAAGUUAAACAUAUCAACAGCACCAACGCUUACCCACAUGCAUACAACAACCACGAGAAACUGAAAUUCCCUGGCUGCAAGGGCACGAAUUUGAUGGAGUAUCCCCUCCUCAAGAAAGGAGGCGCGAGCCGUUCGCCAGAGGCUGAUCGAAUUGUGUACGACGCCAAAGGCAGGUUCUGUGGAUGUAUGACGCACGAAGGCAUGGAAGGGAAUACGUUUCAACUUUGCAAGAGCUAA